CUGGGUAGGGGUGUAAGCAAACAUGGCGAUCUUUAGUGUGUAUGUGGUGAACAAGGCCGGAGGUUUAAUCUACCAAUAUGACAACUAUGUUCCGAGAGCCGAGGCGGAGAAAACAUUCAGCUAUCCUCUAGAUUUGGUGCUGAAGAUCCACGAUGAGAAGGUUGUCGUCUCGUUUGGACAGCGGGACGGGAUCCGAGUGGGCCAUGCAGUGCUGUCUAUCAAUGGAGUGGAUGUGAUUGGCAAGAACACAGCGGAUGGCAAGGACAUCAUUGAGUAUUUGAAAGAUGCCUCCAACUAUCCAGUGUCCAUCCGGUUUGGACGGGCCCGGCUGAGCUCCAACGAGAAGCUGAUGUUGGCAUCCAUGUUCCACUCAUUGUUUGCCAUCGGCUCACAGUUGUCUCCUGAAGUCGGCAGCUCAGGGAUUGAGAUGCUGGAGACCGAUGUCUUCAAGCUGCACUGCUAUCAAACGCUCACAGGGAUAAAGUUCAUCGUGCUGGCAGACCCUCGCCAGUCCGGCAUUGAUGCCCUGCUUAGGAAGAUUUAUGAGAUCUAUUCAGAUUUUGCCCUGAAGAACCCUUUCUAUUCUCUGGAAAUGCCUAUCAGGUGUGAACUCUUUGAUCAGAAUUUGAAGAGUGCAUUGGAGAUCGCAGAGAAAGCCGGCAACUUUGGAGCCGGAUCCUGAAGCAGAGAGGACGAGACAGACAACACUGGUAGUUUGCUCAAACUCUGUCACUCUGAAUAUCUGCAACCAAAACAAAAUAAUUGGAUUUACAACUGUGAAGCAAGCACUGUUGCAUUUGUGAGUGAGGGAUAAGAAGCAGCUCCUCUGUUUAUCUCAACUGCGUUUGGACUUAUUGACACAUUGUAAAUACUGAAUGUUUUGUAAAUACUUGAAUAUUAAACUCACUCAUGUAUGUAACCUUUUCA